UUUUAGGGAGGCACAAGUGCCUUAUCACUUGCAGGCCCUUAGGCCUGAAGGGGAAAGGGCAUAACAUCUGCCUGUUAGCCUAUAGGCCAAGGCCUAGGACUACUGUGGUACCAAAUACUGUGCCAAGUACAAAGUACCAAGAGUACUUUGGUGACGAUUCUUGGCUCAUUGGGCAUAAGGGAGAACUGGAUUUUGGUGACGCUAAAGCAAGGUACUGCUCAACUUCAAAGAUGGAUGGUGGACCUGUAGAAUUGAUUCAUUCCUCAAAGGAGGCAAGAUGUGCAUGGAAUAUCUCUCAGCCUCAGACAGUCACAGCAUCCCUGGCUGAUGUCAUGUCAGAAGAGCUGGCUAAAGCUCUACAAGAAGAGGAAGAUUCCAGUCACAAACAGUGGCAAAGUGCAUCUCCUCUUGGUGCAUCUGGAGUUGAUAGCAACGACAAACCAGGUGACUGCUCUGAAGACUAUUUGCUAGCUCUCCUGCUCCAGGAAGAGUUUGAUCGUGAACAGAACUUCAUUCUGAAAAAAGAAGAGGACAAAUUCAAUGGAAAUUCAAAAGUUGCCAUAUCCUUCUCCAAUUAUCGGCGAGUGGUCCAUUCAGAGUCAGAUUCUGAAGAUGAGUUUGCUGAUGAAGAUGACUUGCAUCGAACUUGGGACUCUUUUGAGAAAUCUCAGAAGGAAAGUCCUGCAAUUGGGAAAUGUGGGUACAGCAAAUCUGUUGCCGGGAUCACCACAAAGCAUGAUACAAAAGCAUCCAAUCGACGAAAUGCGUGUCGUAUCAUGGAAUUCCCUCCUGGAUUUGCAACAGGAGAUGGUGGUGGCUUUGACAUGCAGCUAUCUAAUAAUGUUUUCAACAAACUGAAGCUCCAUUCAAUGAGUGAAGAAAAAAGAACAGCUCGUGUGCAUGACAAGAUGGAAAAGAGUACGGCUAUGAUGGCAUUGGAUCCCAAAACUAGACUUCUCAUCUACAAAUGGGUCAACUCAGGAAUGUUGGACUCUGUGGAUGGUACCAUCAGCACUGGGAAGGAAUCUGUUGUCAUCCAUGCUCAAGGAGGAGAGUGCAAGCUUAACCUUGAAUGCCACUGCAGAGUGGAAGACAUGAAUAUGCCAAAAGAAUGUGCUAUCAAAGCCUUCAAAACCACCCUAAACGAGUUUAAGACAAGACACAAGUAUAUACGAGAGGACUACCGUUUCAAGGACCGCAAUACCAAGUUGAACACUCGCAAGAUCAUCCAUGUUUGGGCCCAGAAGGAGAUGCACAAUUUGGAACGUUUGGAGAGAGCUGGAAUUCCAGCUCCAAGACCUCUAGUCCUCAAAAAACAUCUCCUGCUGAUGGAGUUCAUUGGAAAGGAUUCCAUGGCAGCUCCAAAGCUUAAGGACUUAAAUCUUAAAACUCAGGAAUGGGAGUUAGCAUAUGGCCAGGUUGAACAAGACAUGAAGAGGAUGUAUGAAGAUGCUGGACUGGUCCAUGCUGAUCUUUCAGAGUACAACAUUCUCUACCACAAUGGCAAGUGCUAUUUCAUUGAUGUGAGUCAGGCUGUGACAAAGAAUGUGGAGCAAGCACUUCAUUUCCUUUAUCGAGACUGUGGGAACAUUUCCAAUAUUACCAAGUAUGAGAAGAAUAAAGAAAUGCUGACGUUUGGAGUGCAAGGCAAGCCAUACGCUUUUGACUUCUUUUGGGAGAAAAGCAUGGACGAGAAGGUUGGUGAACCUGAAGAAGUGUAAGACACCUUGGUGGAUUUCCUGAUUUGUCAGUUCUGCAGUAUCAUCUGAGGUGUUUGCAGCUUGCAAAAUCUUUGGUUAUUAUUGGUUUUCCUCUAUGAUGGAUGUGAAAAUUACAUGGAGGUCAUGUUCUUAGCUAUACUUUCUGUGUUGGAGGCCUCUAUGGUGCUCAGUUUUGUUUUGUGUGGUUUAUUCUUAUGCCAUUCCAGAAGAGCAGUUUAUAGUUUCUGCAUUGGGUUCAGUCAAAUCUAAGAAUGUUUUCACUUUUAUUUCAUAUUCCCUCCUUCCCUGUGUGUGAAAGUGGUGUUAGUUACACUACAUAAGUAAAGAGGAAAUUGAAUUUGGUUUUUAAAUCAAGUUAGGUAUUUAGCAAGGGAAAAUGUUUCACAUGUUCUUGUUCCACUCCCUGAUCUUGACUGAAUGAUGAAAUGAAUUACCCUGCAGAAGAAUUGUUUCUUCAACUGAAGAUCUGCCAUUAUUUAUUUGCAAUCUCUUUUCAUUGUGUAGUGCAGCCAGGCCCUUUCAAAUCUGGUGUGAUGAGUUACUUUUCUAAAUCAAUUUUUUGCAAAGUUGAAGAAUUGCCAGGAAUUCAUCUCUCUGAGACCUGUGCAUUUUUUAUUUUAUGACAUUGAAAAUUCCUUAAGAGUAAGGAUGACUGUAAUAGGAGCUCUAAAGUGUCCUCUCAAAUGCAAGUCUGUGGACCUCUCUGAGUGGAGCUGCUUCCAAAAAAUGAGAUUUGCUCCUGUUUGAGCAGAACUUUGCCCUUCAAUCUCAAGCCAUUUAUGAAUAUGCCCGAUUACUCCUAGUAGUUUUAGGGUAUAAAUGCAAGACACUUGCAAGAUUUAGUUAAAACAUGUCUAAAUAAUGCAUAACUCAAAUUUUGAAACAGUUUUAAAUGGCCUGCCCAUCUCCUUUUACCAGGAUGUAGUUG